UUGACGUGCCAAAGGUCCAAUCGCAACGCGGAACAUGUUGCUUCUGUGUCCGCCUUCGUAACGACUCGGUAAAGGAAGUCCGAGUAUCUAACAUGAGUUUCUACCACGGCCAGGGUUAUCCAGUGGGAGGACAUCCACCCCCAGGUUCUCCAUACAUGAGUGGCGGCGCUCCCUACAGGCCUCCUACAGCAGCUCCAUACGGAGGACCAGCAGGUCAUCCAGGGGCCCCCUAUGGUGGUUAUGGAGCGCAGCCACAUGGUGGGCAGUAUCCCGGGGGACACUAUGGGGGCUAUGGAGCACCUUAUGGUCACCACGCACCUGCAGGGAACAUCCCCCCUGGUGUGAACCCCGAGGCGUACCAGUGGUUCCAGACUGUCGACACGGACCGCAGCGGCUUCAUCAACCAGAAGGAGCUCAAACAAGCCCUUGUCAACUCCAACUGGUCCGCUUUCAACGACGAGACAUGUCUCAUGAUGAUCAACAUGUUUGACAAGACCAAGUCGGGUCGCAUAGACAUGUUCGGAUUCUCUGCCCUGUGGGAUUUCAUGCAGAGAUGGAGGGCCAUGUUCCAGCAGUACGACAGAGAUCGGUCAGGAUCCAUCAGCGGCACAGAGCUGCACCAAGCUCUGGGGCAGAUGGGCUACAAUCUCAGCCCGCAGUUCUCCGACGCGUUGGUGCGACGCUAUAGCACAUACGGGGGCCGACCAGGCAUCCAGCUGGACCGCUUCAUCCAGGUGUGCACCCAACUCCAGAGCAUGACCCAGGCCUUCAGAGAGAAGGACACCACCAUGACGGGUCACGUUCGUCUCAACUAUGAAGACUUUCUCAGCAGUGCCAUCUACAGGCUGAUGUGAGGUUUUGUCAGUCCAGAUCCAAAAUCAUCAUUCCAACAGGGGGCCAGAGUUGAUCUGAGGCAAUGUGCCAAAGACAUGAAAAAAGUCUUUUUAAAUCAUGGUGGAAGUGAACAAUCGACAGUGAAAUGCGUGGCCAGUCUCUGUUUAUAGAUAACAUCACCCAUGACAGUUUUGGAGGAACUACACACACCUGUGUUCAGCUGCCUUGUGAGUUCAAUGCACUGUGUGUCUUAUUACAUAUUUCCAAGGUAAGAUAAAAAGAGGGCAGUUCUGAUAAAAAUGAAUAUCAAAUCUAGUAUAUUUUUUAUCUGUAUUUGCAGUAAUCAUAUUCACGGUUGCACUUUAUACUCAAAUCUCAUGUAGGCAUCGUGAUGGGAGAAAGUGGAUAGUUGGCAAUUUGUGUGCGCCAAAUCGGUGUUCAUGCCAUGAUCAAUAAAUAAAUAUUGUCUAUGUUUGUUUUUUUUCUAUCAGUUAUUCACGGAAAUUUCGCAUGCAUGUGCGCUGGGAUCGAGCUAGAGGAAGUUGGAUUGGCAAACUCUGCUGAUAAGGAUGAUCACCAGAGCGAGGGCCUCGGGAGCCUGUGUUGGCAAGCAGCGCUGGUGAUGACAUGUAGUGCCCUAACUGAAAAAUAACAAAUGCAAGAACUUUGUGAACUUCUGUCUGCAGUUCCUGUGUGUGUUGUGUAACCGCAGCGGCUCAGAGGUUGGCUGUUCAGAAUGGCUGUGUUGGCUACAGAUCCCUGCUGUGUUCCAACAUGUGAUCAGCCUUUUUAACAAAUGCACAGGCACAAAUAGAAGUUGAGAAAAGUUUUCCUUUCCUUUUUCAGUUCAUUCAUUCAGUAAAUUAAAAACACAUUCAGGGGCAGCUCGAUGGGGACCAAUGCCUUUGCCAAUGUGAUGGUUUUGUUUCCUUAAUGUUGCAAAAUCUGUCAAAAUUAAAGUAUGUUCAGAGUGAAGUCAGCAAAAAUCUUGUUCAGAUCUAUGCUAAUGUAUUGGUGUGAUUCAAUUUUACCUCAUAUCUAAAGCGCUGACCCUGCACCAACGUUGUAGU